AUGGAGCAAAAAAAUAAAACACUGUCAUUUAUUAAAUUUGUUACGUUUGUCCUUUUAAGUUGGAUAUUUCAUUUUCACACUUAUGUGAGUACGCACGAGAAAUCUUUGAAUGAAUGCUACAAUAAUCGUAAAAAAUUAUAUACAAGAUAUUUUCGUUUAUUGGCAAAAUAUAAGCAGGUUAAGGAUUCAAGUAUAGUAUGCUUAAAAGAAGAUAUACCAAAUGGAGAUAACGAUAAAAAAGAUAUAUUUAGUAAUGAAAAAAGGAACACAGAAACCAUGAAACAAUCAAAUGGAAAUCCAUUAUAUAAUGUUAAAGGCCAUAAACAAUCUAUGAAAAAUAAAACCUGUAUAUUUGAAACAAAAAAAUAUUCCCAUUUAGAAAAAAAAAUAUUCAAAGAACUUGAUUAUGAAGAUUUUCUCAGAAAUAACAGAACAAUUAGCAAUAAAGUUUACAAAAAAAUAAUACUUAAAAAGUACGGAUUACGGCUUAUUUUACCUGUAUUAUUCUUUUUAUUAUUAUUAAUACCCAUCAUAUUAGAUUUAUCUGGGCAUUUUGCACUUGUAGAUACGUUUUACAAUGUAUUGAAAACGAAUUUUGGAGAUAGUUUGAUAAAUCCUUUAAAAAAAUUGUUAUGGGAAUCCCCUUUCUGUUGGUUAGGUAGUAUACUAAAAGAAGCUAAAACUAAAAAGGAACAGUCUUUCAUUGUUAUUCCUUUUUUUACAAGUAUAAUUUAUUUUCUACCUCUUUUUAUUUUGGGAGUUACAAUUGUAUUACGAAUUGUAUAUUACCAUAAAAAAGUUAAAAAAUAUGAAAGAAUUAAGUUCAAGAAAAGGUAA